AUGAAGCUAACGUUCGCCCUCACCGCCCUCCUUGCCACAACCGCCAUGGCCGGAGUGGCAAAGAUACGCCACGAGGACGAGACUCUUGAAGACAGCUACAAACGUCGCUCCGUCAAAGCUGGAAUCGUCCCUGUCAAAGAAGAGGACAUCAUCUCUCUUGGCGACAGGGCAGUCAAGGCUGGAAUUGUUCCUGUCAAGGAAGAAGACAUCAUUUCCCUCGGCGAUAGAGCAGUGAAGGCCGGUAUCGUGCCAGUGAAGGAAGAAGACAUCAUUUCUCUGGGAGACCGCUCAGUCAAGGCGGGCAUCGUGCCAGUCAAGGAAGAGGACAUCAUUUCUCUGGGAGACCGCGCUGUCAAGGCUGGCAUUGUUCCGGUGAAGGAGGAGGACAUCAUCUCACUCGGAGAUUAG